UCUGGCUGUACUAACAGCACUGCUGACCUGUUGCUCUGGGUGUCCCCUUCUCCUAGUAUCUGUGCUUGCCCACCAGACACUAUGAGGAGACUGGCUUUUCGAGGUGCUGGUUGUACUCUGAAGAAGUUGGAUUCCAUGGGUUCCAAGAGGCGAAGAGCAACCUCGCCGUCCAGCAGUGUGAGCGGAGGGGACUUCGAUGAUGGCCACCACUCCACGAAUAUCCCAGGCCCCAGCAGGAAGAGAAGGAGGCUUUCAAAUCUCCCGACUGUGGAUCCUAUUGCUGUAUGCCAUGAACUUUACAACACCAUCAGAGAUUACAAAGAUGAACAGGGCAGGCUCCUUUGUGAGCUUUUCAUUAGGGCACCGAAACGAAGAAAUCAACCAGACUAUUAUGAAGUGGUUUCACAGCCAAUUGAUUUAAUGAAAAUCCAACAGAAGCUGAAGAUGGAGGAAUAUGAUGAUGUGAAUGUGCUGACUGCUGAUUUUCAGCUUCUCUUUAACAAUGCAAAGGCUUACUACAAGCCCGAUUCUCCUGAAUAUAAAGCUGCUUGCAAGUUAUGGGAGUUGUAUUUGCGCACAAAAAAUGAAUUUGUUCAAAAAGGAGAUGCUGAAGAGGAGGAUGAAGAUGAGGAAGGACAUGACAGUCAAGAACUAUCAUCUCCAGGUUAUCUGAAGGAGAUUCUUGAACAGCUUCUGGAAGCUGUAGCUGUUGCCACGAAUCCAUCAGGACGCCUGAUAAGUGAACUGUUCCAGAAGCUACCUUCUAAAGUGCAAUAUCCAGAUUAUUAUGCAAUAAUAAAGGAGCCCAUAGAUCUUAAAACUAUUGCCCAAAGGAUUCAGAAUGGAACUUAUAAAAGCAUUCAUGCAAUGGCCAAGGAUAUCGAUCUUCUCGCAAAGAAUGCCAAAACCUACAAUGAGCCUGGAUCCCAAGUGUUCAAGGAUGCAAAUGCAAUUAAAAAAAUAUUUAAUAUGAAAAAGGCUGAAAUUGAGCACAGCGAGCUGGCCAAGUCAAGUCUCCGACUCAGGACGCCAUCAAAUUUGACUGCUUCCAAGCUGACAGGUCCUUCCUCACAGGGUAAAGGCAGUGUGGGUGAUGAGAGAAAUUCUUCUAACAAAUAUUUUCGUAACAAAAGAUCAGCCCAGGGGGAUCGUUUAUCAGCAAUAACCAUGGCAUUGCAGUAUGGAUCAGAAAGUGAUGAGGAUGCUGCUUUGGCUGCUGCUGCUCGUUAUGAAGGAGAGUCUGAAGCUGAGAGUAUUACUUCCUUCAUGGACACUUCUAAUCCUCUCUAUCAGCUUUAUGAUACAGUUAGAAGUUGCCGAAAUAAUCAGGGCCAGCUAAUAUCUGAACCCUUUUUCCAGUUGCCCUCCAAGAAAAAGUAUCCUGAUUAUUACCAGCAAAUUAAAACACCUAUUUCAUUGCAGCAGAUCAGAGCUAAACUGAAGAACCACGAGUAUGAAACAUUAGAUCAGUUGGAGGCUGACCUGAACUUAAUGUUUGAAAAUGCCAAGCGUUACAAUGUCCCCAAUUCUGCCAUCUAUAAGAGAGUUCUGAAAAUGCAGCAGGUUAUGCAGGCAAAGAAGAAGGAGCUUGCUCGGAGAGAUGACAUUGAGGAUGGGGACAGCAUGAUUUCUUCUGCUACAUCUGAUACUGGAAGCUCCAAAAGGAAAAGUAAAAAGAACAUGCGAAAGCAACGAAUGAAGAUCUUGUACAACGCAGUUCUGGAAGCUCGGGAGUCGGGCACAGGCAGACGGCUCUGCGACCUGUUUAUGGUUAAGCCAUCCAAAAAGGACUAUCCAGAUUACUAUAAAAUUAUCUUAGAGCCAAUGGACUUGAAAAUGAUAGAGCACAACAUCCGUAAUGAUAAGUAUGUAGGGGAAGAAGCCAUGAUUGACGACAUGAAGCUCAUGUUCCGAAAUGCAAGGCAUUAUAAUGAGGAAGGCUCCCAGGUAUAUAAUGAUGCCCAUAUGCUGGAAAAGAUCCUCAAAGAAAAAAGGAAAGAACUGGGACCACUGCCUGAAGAUGAUGAUGUUGCAUCCCCUAAACUAAAGCUAAGUAGAAAAAGUGGCAUUUCCCCCAAAAAAUCGAAAUACAUGACCCCGAUGCAGCAGAAAUUGAACGAGGUGUAUGAGGCAGUUAAGAAUUACACGGACAAACGGGGCAGGCGGCUGAGCGCCAUCUUCUUGCGGCUGCCGUCUCGGUCUGAGCUGCCCGACUACUACAUAACCAUUAAGAAGCCGGUUGACAUGGAGAAGAUCAGAAGUCACAUGAUGGCCAAUAAAUACCAGGAUAUCGAUUCCAUGGUAGAAGACUUUGUGAUGAUGUUCAACAACGCUUGCACCUACAAUGAGCCAGAAUCUUUGAUUUACAAAGAUGCCCUGGUCCUGCAUAAAGUUUUGCUUGAAACUCGAAGAGAGAUAGAAGGAGAUGAGGAUUCUCAUGUGCCCAAUGUGACUUUGCUAAUUCAGGAACUUAUCCAUAACCUUUUUGUAUCUGUUAUGAGCCACCAGGAUGAUGAGGGCAGAUGCUACAGUGAUUCCCUAGCUGAGAUUCCUGCUGUUGAUCCCAACUUCCCAAAUAAACCUCCUCUGACUUUUGACAUUAUCCGAAAAAACGUUGAAAAUAAUCGCUAUAGACGACUGGAUUUGUUCCAGGAGAACAUGUUUGAGGUACUGGAGAGGGCAAGGAGAAUGAACAGGACGGAUUCAGAGAUUUAUGAGGAUGCAGUUGAACUUCAGCAGUUCUUCAUUAAAAUUCGAGAUGAACUCUGUAAAAAUGGAGAGAUUCUUCUGUCGCCUGCUCUCAGUUAUACCACCAAGCACCUUCACAACGAUGUAGAAAAAGAGAAGAAGGAAAAGCUACCCAAAGAAAUAGAGGAGGAUAAACUCAAAAGAGAGGAGGAGAAAAGAGAAGCUGAAAAGAGUGAAGACUCCUCUGGCUCAGCUGGGCUGUCAUGCUUGCAUCGGACCUACAGCCAGGAUUGCAGCUUCAAGAACAGCAUGUACCACGUAGGAGACUACGUCUAUGUGGAGCCUGCUGAAGCCAACUUGCAACCUCACAUAGUCUGUAUUGAGAGGCUAUGGGAAGAUUCUGCUGGAGAGAAAUGGCUAUAUGGCUGUUGGUUUUAUCGACCAAAUGAAACAUUUCAUCUUGCAACAAGAAAGUUCUUGGAGAAAGAGGUUUUUAAAAGUGACUAUUAUAAUAAAGUUCCAGUUAGCAAAAUUUUGGGUAAAUGUGUGGUCAUGUUUGUUAAGGAAUAUUUUAAACUGUGUCCUGAAAACUUUAGAGAUGAGGAUGUGUAUGUCUGCGAGUCGCGUUACUCCGCUAAGACAAAAUCUUUUAAGAAGAUUAAACUGUGGACUAUGCCUGUCAGCUCUGUAAGAUUCGUCCCACGGGAUGUGCCCCUGCCUGUGGUCCGUGUUGCUUCUGUAUUUGCUAAUACAGACAAAGCAGAGGAGGAGAAGCACUCUGAUACGUUAGAUGACAGUAAGGUGGGAGAAAGUAUCCUUCAUCUCGAAAAGGACAAAGAAGAUGUACCAGUAGAAAUGUCUAAUGGGGAGCCUGGUUGCCAUUACUUUGAGCAGCUCUGUUACAACGACAUGUGGCUUAAGGUUGGGGACUGCGUCUUCAUAAAAUCGCACGGAUUAGUGCGGCCUCGGGUAGGGAGAAUUGAAAAGAUGUGGGUGCGAGAUGGAGCUGCGUAUUUCUUUGGCCCAAUCUUCAUCCAUCCUGAAGAAACUGAACAUGAGCCAACUAAAAUGUUCUACAAGAAGGAAGUGUUUCUGAGUAACUUGGAGGAGACCUGUCCUAUGUCGUGCAUUUUGGGCAAGUGUGCUGUUCUGUCGUUCAAGGACUUCCUCUGCUGCAGACCAACUGAAAUUUCUGAGAAUGAUGUUUUCCUGUGUGAGAGCCGCUACAACGAAAGCGACAAACAAAUGAAGAAAUUUAAGGGGCUCAAGAGAUUUUCACUCUCUGCAAAAGUUGUCGAUGAUGAAAUAUACUAUUUUAGAAAACCCAUAGUUCCUCAGAAGGAACCAUCUCCACUUCUGGAGAAGAAAAUCCAGCAGCUAGAAGCAAAGUUUGCUGAGCUGGAAGGAGGCGAUGAGGACAUGGAAGAGAUAGGAGAAGAGGAAGGUGAUAUCACUGAAACACCUUCCAUGCCUCAGCUUCAGACCCCGUUAUCUAGUGAAUUGGAUAUCAUGCCUUAUACUCCACCGCAGUCCACUCCCAAGUCUGUUAAGGGCAGCACCAAGAAGGAGGGAUCAAAAAGGAAGAUCAACAUGAGUGGUUACAUCCUAUUUAGCAGUGAGAUGAGAGCUGUGAUUAAAGCUCAGCACCCAGACUACUCCUUUGGAGAGCUCAGCAGGCUUGUAGGAACUGAAUGGAGAAACCUGGAAGCAACAAAGAAAGCAGAAUAUGAAGAGCGGGCAGCUAAAGUUGCUGAGCAGCAGGAGAGAGAGCGAGCAGCACAGCAGCAGAAUCCCUCCCCCCGGGCAGGCACUCCUGUCGGGGCUCUUAUGGGGGUGGUGCCGCCACCAACACCAAUGGGGAUGCUCAAUCAGCAGUUGACACCCGUUGCAGGCAUGAUAAGUGGCUAUCCACCGGUGCUGCCACCUUUGCAGGGCCCAGUUGAUGGCAUUGUUAGCAUGGGCAGCAUGCAGCCACUUCACCCAGGGGUGCCCCCACCCCACCAACUCCCGCCAGGUAUGCCAGGCAUCCCAGGCAUCCCACCGCCCGGUGUUAUAGGCCAAAACGUGUCCCCCAUGGUAGGCACUCCAGCCCCCGGUGCAGGUCCGUUUGGACAGCAGAUAGGAAUCCUCGGUCCUCCAGGACAGCAGGCACCUCCCCCGUAUCCCGGCCAGAGCCCCGCCACGCAGCCUGUUAUGCAGCAGCCCUCGACUCCCAUGUUUGUUUCCCCUCCACCAAAGACACAGAGGCUUCUUCAUUCUGAAGCCUAUCUGAAAUACAUCGAGGGGCUCAGUGCUGAAUCAAACAGUAUUAGCAAGUGGGACCAGACCCUUGCAGCACGAAGACGAGAUGUCCACUUGUCCAAGGAGCAGGAGAGCCGCCUCCCGUCCCACUGGCUGAAGAGCAAAGGGGCUCACACCACCAUGGCCGAUGCUUUGUGGCGCCUGCGAGACUUGAUGCUGCGAGACACCCUGAACAUCCGUCAGGCGUACAACAUAGAAAAUGUGUAGUCGCGUUCUUGCUUCUUUCUUUGAUACUGGCAUAUAGAGUUUUGUGGAACAAUAGCUGUUUUAGUUACUGGGUGGGGAGAGAUAACCAACGAUGAUUUGUAUUGCAUUUUACUGUACAUUGCGAGACCAUUUUUAUAUAAGGACACUUUUAAUAAGCAUAUUUCACUUUUUGUUAUAUUAAGUUGACUUUAUCAAAUACACAGAUUUUUGCAUAUGCUUCCUUUGUUUGAAAGGCGAUUUCAUAUUUGGUUAACUGUAGUGGAGGAUUCAUCUUUCUUACACUUUAUUGCUGAGAAUCUGAUGCCAUUGUUUUUAUAUAAAAGAAGAAAAAAAGAAAACAAAGUAUUUACAGGUUGGUACAAUGGAAUGUGAAAUUAGUCAUAGUUUACAUCCUAGAGGAAUGUGUGUACAUGUGCUUGUGUGUGCUAGGCGCUCCCAGCAGGAAGCUGACUUGGAUAUGAGCAGGGAGGAUCUCUUUGAAAGAAGCUGAAGGUAAGGUGAGCAUUGGAGCUAGGGAAAAACCACGUUGCAGGUAAAUACUGAGGCAGCUGAAUGGGCCGCAGCGAUCGUGGAAGUGCAGGUGCAGAUAUGGGACAAGGCUAACCUGACUGCUAAUGCUGUCCAGUCCUGUCCAGGCAUUAAAGCUGCAGCCAAGGCCACUGUGACCCCAGAUCAGUAGCAGAAUACGUGUGCUGGCAUGCCUGUGGGAGGUGAAAUCUUUCGUCUGCUGUGACCUGCUUUGGGUGUUCUGAGAUGUCCCUGACGCUGGGCAGCAGGAAGGGAACACCUCUACCUGUGCAGUGCAGUCUGCAUGUGGGAGAGGCCACAACUUUGAACCACUGUGGGUCAUGGAAGGUAAGUUAGAGGAGAGGGGAAGCUCUUUUGUUGGUAGAGUCACAUGGUUUCUAAAUCCACACAUAUUCUGUUAAUGACUGGGCACCGUAAGACGUUUUUCUAUUAAGUGUAUUGAUUCACACUAAUGAAAGUUUUACAAGGCAAAAUUUGAAAUGUAACACAUGAAUUCAGUUUCAAAACAGUACUGUAAGUUCAGCAUACCUUGUGCAUUGGAGACAGAGUGCGUUGUGCAUUGCAGCCUUCAGAGGGCUUUGUGCUUCUGUCGUUUAGCUCAGUAAGGUCAUGUAGGCUCCUCUUGCCAAAUGUUGAGGUUGUGACUGCCUUUGCUGAAGACUUCACUGUAGCAAACUAACCAACCUUUUGGGCUGCAAAGCUGUUUGCUUUCACAAGCUCCACUUUAGAGCUCUUGGAUUGCACAAAUUAACUGGGAAAACAGCACUAAUUUGAAAAGCAAACAAACAAAAAGCUGUUGGCACAAACAUGGUCUCUGCAACUCAGUCCAAAAGAAUAAUUUGCUGAUAUGCUUUCAUACUGCUUCUAGAAAUGUUUAUCAUUUGGAAAGGUGUUUCAAAGUCUGCUCAUACAGAGCACUUUUGAGUUCAUACUGGCAGAAGGUUGCAUGUUUUUCUUCAGAUACUGGGUUCUAUUUGGUAAUGCAAUUGAAUACUGAUGAGGGAAGGGACAGGCAAGUAUGAACUAUUCUUAAAUGGUACUGGCUAGUUCCCCUCCUGUUCCAGCCCUACAUUCCUUGCACAGAAAACCUUAUAAUUAGAGGUGAGCACUUAGGGAUGUUUUAGGACAGAUGUACACUGGGAUGCGAGGAAAAGGGAGCCAAGCAAAAUCUUACAGGAAAUUACAAUGGACAUCUCUACCAGUAGAGCACCUGUGGUACAGAAAUCAUUUACAAAGGCCAGUAAAGAACCACGUUUGUUUCAUGAGGUAGGAGUACACCUAGACCUCCUGUACAUACACACUGUCAUCUUAGACCACAUUUCAGUUACCGUAGGCUGUGCAGUUUUAGCCACACAGAUGAGACGUUGAAGAGAAUCGGGCAGCAAAUCCUGGUUUCCAAGCACUUGGAAUUACCGUGGGUUGUAGAAAUACCACCAGAUGGUCUUGUUCUCAGCAUGAACAAAAACUACACCAAAGAACCUGGGAUGGAUUUUAGUUAACUUAUUGUUCUAUUUAUUUUCUUUGGAGGACUGGAUGGGACUCCCUCUGGAGCCCGUGUAACUCAGAUGUUUAAUUUAUCUGAAGGCCGGCGGUGAGCAGACGUGCAGCACUGGCUCUGUUCUGCCCGGGCAGCCGAAAUGCUGCUCCCACUGCUCUCAGUGCUCCCACUGCUCCCUGGCCCAGGGGCAAGAGGCUGGGAAUCCCACGAAGCCUGGCUCCUCCUGUAAAGGCAGUGCAGAGCGCUACCUCUGAGCCACGGGGCUGGCCCUAAUCAAUUCUGAUAAGCUUUAUUUAUUUCAAAAUCGUGUCUCUGCAUAGGAGACGUUUCAGUUGAUGGCAGGAAGGUUUGGGAUAUGAUGGCUACAGUCUAGAAUUCAAAACCAGCAAAAGAAACUGUUUUUUUGACUCUGGUUUAAAAACAAGACAAGGAAAGACGUCUGUCUGUCUUUUCCUCUCUUUGUGGGCAUUUGAACCCCUCGUUUGUUUUCCUCUGCUUUUCACUGUAUCGGCAUAAAUGAAACUUUCCUAUCGAAAUAAAUGUAUGUGUGGGACAUGGUUGGCUUCAGAGAGAGUGGAAACAGAUCGACCUAGGACCGGCAUUUUCAUAAACCAGUUGGAGAUGAGUAAUAAUUAUUUGUUCUCUUCCUCAGCUCUUCUCUUCUAUGAGAAAAUUUACCAUUUCUGUAAGAAAAAAAAAAAAAGUUGAUGUUGGUGACUUUUUUUUCAGCUCAUGGUUUCAGACCUGGUCAGUCCCUGUUUGGCUGCUCAUUCCAUCUUGUACUCCCGAGGGUUAAGCUGAUAACCAGGUGUGUAACAUGUAUGUACCAUCACUUUGUUUACCUGAGUCUUUUUAAUUUGAAUAAAAAUAGUUUGCAAAGUG